AACUAAAAUAAGAAAAAAUAAAAAUAUUAAUAAAAAAACAAUCUAAAAAAUAGAGUGGAUGAAAAUUUAAUUGGAUCUAAAUUCCGAAUGAUUAACGAAUAUUUUUAUACAAAAUCAAGUCAAGAAUCAGCAAAGCAUUUUUCAGAUAAUUAAGAAGAUUUUUUAUUAUAUCAUAAAGGAUUUUAAAGCUAAAUUAAAAAAUGGUCAGAAAAACCAAUUGACAUAAUUAUAAAUGAAAUAUCAAAUAAUUAAAUUUAUAAAAAUGCAGUUAUAGCUGAUUUAGGAUGUGGUGAUGGAUUACUUUAUGAAAAUUUCCAAAAUGAAAAUAAAAAAAAAAUAUAUAGCUUUGAUUUAUGUUCACAUAAAGAUUUUAUUUAGGUUGCAGACAGUAGAAAUAUUCCUUUAGAAAAUGAAUUUUGUGAUGUAGUUGUUUUUUGUUUAGCUUUAAUGGGAACUAAUUAUAUAGAGUUUUUAACAGAAGCUAAAAGACUUUUAAAAUAAAAAGGACAUUUAAUGAUUACUGAAGUUAAUUCAAGAAUAACUAAUAUGGACUUAUUUAUUUAAAUGAUUGAAAAUUUAGGUUUUAAAUUAGUUAGGAAAAAUGUUCCAAAUAGUUAUUUUUGUUUUUUGAUUUUUCUAAAAAUAUCUGAUUUAGAUUAAAAAAACCAUACAUUAUAAACAAAAGUAGAAAAAUUAAAUCAGAUUUUCAUAAAAAGUUUAAGAUAAAAGUUUCCAAGAGAACAUGUUAAAAAUCUUUUGUAAGUUUCUUAAAUUUUAUUAAAACCUUGCAUUUAUAAGAAAAGAUGA